AUGGAUAGCGUUACAAAUAAACAAAUUUUCGAGCUGCUUCAACAGACCAGCAACGAUGUCCAAGACAUAAAACAGGACGUGACAAAUUUUAAGGAAGAGGUUGAGAUAUUGAAGCACAGGGUAGAAGCUGUAGAAUCUGAAAACGCAAACUUAAAGAAACAACUUUCAUUCCAUGAGGAACUAAUUAGAAAGAAAAACAUCUUAGCCUUUAAAAUAGUAGAAGCAGAAAAUGAAGUAUUACAAGACGUUGUAUUAGAUCUUCUCAACAACAAACUGGAAAUAAACGCAACUUUGAAUGACUUGGACAAUUUCUAUCGAAUCUGCGAAAAUAAAAAAACUAAUAAAGCUAGGCCAAUCCUAAUAAAAUUUACUAGGGAAGUGACUGUUAGAGAAAUCUUCAAAAAUGUAACAAAACUGAGAGGCACUGGAAUCAGUUUGGCUAAAGAUCUACUACCAGAAAAAAGAGCAGAAAGUAAAACCUUAUAG